AUGGAUAGAAGGCACGAUGAAGAAGGGAAUAUGGUUGCAAUCUAUGAAGCCUCAAUGAAUGGGUGCGUAAGUACCUUGAACACAUUGAUCCAAAGGGAUGCACUCAUCCUUAAUAAAGUUUCACUCACAUCCUUCAAUGAGACACCCUUACACAUAGCAGCUUUGCUUGGCCACCUUGAGUUUAGUAGAGUUCUUCUUAACAAGAAACCUAAACUUACGGAAGAGGUGGACUUACUGGGACGAACCCCUCUUCACUUGGCUUCUGCUGAGGGCCACAUUGAGAUAGUAAAAGCAUUGUUGCAAGCAAAUAAAAAUAUUUGCAUGGCUGUUGAUCAAGAUGAGAGAAUUCCUCUCCACUUGGCCAUAAUGAGAAGACGCAUAGAGAUCAUAAAAGAGUUGGUCAUUGCUCGACGAGAAUCCAUCCAAGUGAAUCUCAAUGGAGACAGUGUAUUGCACUUGUGUCUUCGAUAUAAUCAUUUGGAUGCUCUCAAAUUGUUAGUGGAAUCAUCUAAUGGUGAUGAAUUAUUCCUCAACUCCAAAAACCAUGAUGGCUCCGUGUUGCAUUUAGCUGUGAUGCUCAAGCAAAUGAAGGCCAUCAAAUACUUAAUUUCAGUACCGGAAAUAAAAAGAGAGGCUAAUGCCAUGAACGUCAUUGGUUACACAUCUUUAGAUGUCUUAGAGGCAUGUAACGUCUGUCCAAGAGAUUUUAAAUGUUUUGAAAUCCAAAACAUUCUAAAGGAAGCCGGUGUCAAAAGAUCAAUGGAUUUAAAUUCUUCCGUACCACUAGCACUGAGUGGUACAACUAUUGAUGGAGCACAACGAGCUCAAUCAAGGUUUAGGAGAUGGUGGGAGUGCGUUUGUUUGUCAUUAAGUAAAUACUGGAAGCACCAGGGAAAUUGGAUGGAAGAAACACGUGGCACAUUGAUGAUAGUGGCUACUGUGAUGGCAACCAUGGCUUUCCAAGCUGGGAUCAGCCCACCAGGUGGUGUUUGGCAACAAAAUACAUCCAACUCAACAGAAGGCUCCAACUGUACGCAAGAUAAUAUAUGUGAAGCCGGCAUAGCAGUUUUAUCUUAUUCUAAUCCUGAUAACUACCUAUGGUUCUUAUAUUUCAAUACCACAUCUUUCUUUGCAUCUCUGUGCGUCAUACUUUUGGUCAUUAUUGGAUUUCCUCUUAGGAGCAAGUUAUUUAUUUGGCUCCUAACGUCAGCCAUAACUAUCUCAGUCGCGUCCAUGACAUUUACCUAUAAACAAGCAGUGACUUUGGUGAGCCCGCAUCAUAUUCUCAACCGAUUUCAAUCGUUGGGCAUGAAAUACAUAUAUAUUUGGGUAGGAAUAUCUCUGAUUGUUGGUGUAAUUCACAUAAUCCGCCUACUAUAUUGGAUGGUGAAGAAGUUGUGCACUUUCAUACGCCAGUCAACAAGGGGUCCAGCAGAAGAUCCAGCUAAUGUCUAAGUGGGAAACUAUCAUGAUCAGAAAUUCAGUUAGAUAUUUUAGAAUAAAAAUCCUAUCAAGCUAGCCAUUGAUAAGAAAGAAUGUACGUAGGGGUAAGGUUUGGGUAAUCUCAUUGUAAUUUUUAGGUUUAGUGCUAAGUUCAUUAGUCCUUGGAUUCUAUUA